UUCUUCGGGUCCCUCAAGAAAACGUACAACGAGAAGCGCUUUUGCCAUACUAAAAUUUUAUUUCUAAAUUUAAAACUAAAAUUUUGUGUGGAAAUAUCUCCACUAUCAAUUAAAAUAUAGUAAAAAACUGUUUAUUAGUUUCCAUACAAUAAAAAUAAGCCAAACAAAAUGCCACGAAUUAUGAUAAAAGGUGGUGUUUGGCGAAACACCGAGGAUGAAAUCCUCAAAGCCGCCGUGAUGAAAUAUGGCAAAAACCAAUGGUCACGAAUUGCUUCACUUUUGCACAGAAAAUCUGCCAAACAAUGCAAAGCCCGUUGGUAUGAAUGGUUGGAUCCGAGUAUCAAAAAGACCGAGUGGUCACGAGAAGAAGACGAAAAGCUACUGCAUUUAGCCAAACUUAUGCCAACUCAAUGGAGAACAAUAGCUCCGAUUAUUGGCCGCACUGCUGCCCAAUGUUUGGAGCGAUAUGAAUAUUUACUGGAUCAGGCACAGAGAAAGGAAGAUGGCGAAGAUACUGUUGACGAUCCCAGGAAGCUUAAACCUGGUGAGAUUGAUCCAAAUCCAGAGACGAAACCAGCUCGUCCCGAUCCCAAGGACAUGGACGAAGAUGAGUUGGAAAUGUUAUCAGAAGCUCGUGCUCGUUUGGCCAACACCCAAGGCAAGAAGGCCAAACGAAAGGCCCGUGAAAAGCAGUUGGAAGAAGCUCGGCGAUUGGCUGCCCUACAGAAGCGCAGAGAACUUCGUGCUGCAGGAAUUGGUUGUGGAAAUAGACGACGCAUCAAGGGCAUUGACUACAACUCGGAGAUUCCAUUCGAGAAACGACCAGCUAUCGGAUUCUAUGACAUCUCGAACGAGAACGUCGAGAAACUAGAACCAGACUUCAACAAGAUGAGACAGCAGGAUUUGGAUGGAGAACUGCGCUCCGAGAGGGAAGAGCGUGAACGGAAAAAAGACAAAAGCAAAUUGAAGCAACGCAAAGAUGGUGAUAUGCCGAUGGCAAUGCUUCAGAACCAGGAACCUGAAAGGAAACGUUCUAAGUUGGUUCUGCCAGAACCACAAAUCUCCGAUCAGGAGUUGCAACAAGUUGUGAAAUUAGGACGAGCGAGUGAGAUUGCAAAGGAAGUUGCUGCUGAGAGUGGAGUCGAAACUACAGAUGCCCUACUCUCAGACUACACCAUUACUCCACAGAUCGCUGCCACUCCAAGGACCCCGGCGCCAUACACCGACAGAAUCAUGCAAGAGGCGCAGAAUAUGAUGGCCCUGACACACGUCGAGACUCCACUCAAAGGUGGUGUGAAUACUCCUCUCCAUGAGUCAGAUUUCUCGGGAUCGCUCCCUAAGGCUGGCGCAGUUGCCACUCCAAAUACCGUGAUUGCAACUCCAUUCAGAACUAUUCGCGGAGAAAACGCAGCCACUCCUGGAGGAUUUGCUACUCCUAUGUCCACAGCAUUGGUCCCAUUGGGUGGGAAGACUCCUGGCACUGCCGGUGGAGCUCAGACACCGAAUCUUGUUCGUGAUAAGCUCAACAUCAAUCCAGAAGAGAGCAUGGGAGUUACUGAUACUCCAGCUAUCUACAAAAACUAUCAGAAACAGAUCAAACAGUCUCUCAAGGAUGGACUCGCAACGCUGCCUGCUCCGCGAAACGACUACGAGAUCGUUGUACCCGACCAGGAUGAAGAAAUGCCAGACGCCGGUGCCGAUGAGAACACAAUCGAAGAUCAGGCCGAUGUAGAUGCGAGAGCAAUUGCCCAGGCUGAGGAGGAGCGUGUACGUCUGCUGGCCAAGCGUUCCCAGACCAUUCAACGAGAUCUGCCCCGUCCCACCGAAGUCAACACAAAAAUUCUCCGACCACCCUCGGAGAAGCAGGGCUUGACUGAACUCCAGAAGGCCGAAGAACUCAUCAAACACGAAAUGAUCACAAUGCAGUUGUACGACUCUGUCAAGGAUCCAAUCCCCGGACAGUCUCAGAACAAAAUGGAACAGUUGCAGAAUUUCUUCAAAUCGAACCCAUACGAUGACAUUCCCAAGGAGAGUUUGGAGGCGUCUAAGAAACUCAUCGAAGAGGAAAUGCAAGUCGUCAAGCAGGGAAUGGGUCAUGGAGAGUUGUCCCUCGAGAGUUAUUCACAAGUUUGGGAGGAGUGUUUGAGCCAGGUGCUUUAUCUGCCAAGCCAGAAUCGAUACACCAGAGCCAACUUGGCCAGCAAGAAGGAUCGUCUGGAAUCGGCAGAGAAGCGACUCGAGUUGAAUCGUCGUCACAUGGCCAAGGAGGCCAAACGAUGUGGAAAGAUUGAGAAAAAGUUGAAAAUUAUCACUGGAGGUUAUCAGGCUAGGGCGCAAGCUUUGAUCAAACAACUGAUGGACACACAGGAGCAUAUCGAACAAAAUGCUUUAGCUCUAUCGACAUUCAAAUUUUUAGCCGAGCAAGAAGCUAUUGCUAUUCCAAAACGUUUAGCUUCACUUCAAGAGGACACCCGUCGUCAGAUGGAUCGUGAGAAAGAACUACAAAUGAAAUAUGCUAAACUACGGGAUCAAUUGCAAGAGCUCAAAGCCGAACUGGCAGCCAAACAAGCAGGGUAGAUUUUUUAGAGUUUAGUGUGUAAUUUCCUGAAAAAGAAACAAAAAUAAAUAUAACUUAUGUCUUAGUACUUCACUGUA